AUGCUCCUGUGGCUGUGGAUUCUCCUUUUCCUGGCCCAGUACGCUCUGGCUGGAUGUCCUGCAGUGCCUCUUCCACAACCUGACAUUUGGCCCGAUGGCAAAUUCUUCUACCCAAACGGGGCGCCCCAGUGCUUCUCACAAGGAUCCGUCAUGAAUAUCAGUUGGGAAACCAAGUACAGGGCGACCAAUCUAUAUCUAGUCCACGGCGCCAACUACGACGAUCCAGUUGCCCUGUCAUUGAACACAGCAUCUACAUGGCACGAAUGGAGAGUCGGGUACCCGACUCGAGAUGACUCCAAACCGUUCGUUUUCCGACUGGUCAAUGCACAGGGUUCGAGCGAAGACCAGGCAGUUGGAGGCAUAUGGAGCGCCCGAUUCUGGAUCGGUUGGAAUCAGGAUGCGCCCUCCAGCUCCACCCUUACACCGACCCUUACACCUACACCUACACCCACACCCAUAACCACGCCCACAGAAUCUGCGGCCAUAACGAGCGGAUCACAUACUAGUGCCACCCCCUCCGGAACGCCGUCUAAUGCUGCAGAAUCAAACAGUGAACGCUCUUCGCAUGAUAAAGCCCUCGCGAUAGGGAUUAGUGUUGGCUUGGGCGUGCCCUUCUGUGGCGCUGCCAUUGGUGCCUUGCUCUUCUUGCAGAGGCGAAUGAAUCGGAACCCAUCCAUCGAUCAUGGCGGGCCCUGCGCAGAGCCUGCUUCUGAGAAGACUUGCACCAAUUUGGCCGUGCCAGAGGCUAUGUGUCUCGAUGGUAGACCGGUGUAUGAACUGUCUGGCGAAAGUAGCAUAAAGGAGGCAGAUAGCAGUCAUGUCCGAUAUGAGCUUGCUUGA